GCCGACGCCCCGCCCGCCAGCUGAUAAUCUGGUCAGCUGUUUGGAGAAGGUGUGCGAGGAGCGAGGCCUCCUUGCAACGAACGAGUUCCUGCUGAAGACGCUGCAGCUGUACGAGACGCUGAGGGAACGCCACGGGGUCAUGGUGGUGGGGCCGCCCUGUGGAUCGAAGACCACGAUCAUUCAGACGCUUUCGGCAGCACUGGGCAUGAUGGAGGGUGACCAGCCCAUCCACGUGGAGGUGCUGAAUCCUAAGACUCUGACGCAGGCGCAGUUGAUCGGUUCUCUCGAUCCUGUUAAUAGAGAGUGGUCGGACGGACUCGUAGCGCAGGUCAUCAGACAGGCCCACGUCCGCCGCACGUGGCUGCUGUUCGACGGCCCGACGGACGCCUCGUGGGUGGAGAACCUCAACACCGCCCUCGACGACUCGCAGAAGCUGUGCUUGCCCUCGGGCGAGACAGUGCCCGUGCCAGGAGACAUGGCCACCAUCUUCGAGGUCCUGGAUCUGUCCCAGGCAUCCCCCGCCACGGUCUCGCGAUGCGGCAUGGUGUACGUGGGCGGCCAGACGAUCGGGUGGGCGGCGCUCCUGCACUCCUGGCUGCACCACCAUGCCCACGGCCCCUGGUGGGGGGAGUACGGCGCCCUUCUGCGGGAGUUGGCCAACUGGCUCAUCCCGCCCGCACUCGAGUUCGUGAAGGCGCACUGCCGCUACCUGCUGCCCGUCGUCGAGGUAUCGCUUGUCAGGUCCAUCUUCCCUCUGACGGCGACGGUGGUGAACGAGGUGCUCCAGGACGGCAGCAUCUCGCAGAAGGACCGUCCAAAGGUGGGCCCCACCUGGACGACGGCGUCCUUCCUCUUCUCCGUCACGUGGUGCAUCGCGGGGGCGCUCACCCUCCCCGCCAAGGAGGCCUUCAACGUCUUCUUCAGGAGACUCGUGAUGGGUUACAUCAGACAACACCCUACGCCAUCUAUGAUCGAGCAGAUCGGCUGCCCUUACCCGGGGGACGGCAGCGUGUUCGACGUCCUCUUCGACGCCAAGCAGAGGUCCUUCUGGCGCCCCUGGACCGACGUCAUCAAGCACACCGAGAUUCAGGAGACGACUAAGAUCUCCACGCUCCUGGUGCCCACGGUCGAGUCGGCGAGACUCUCAUACCUCGUGGACGUGUGUGGGCGUGCAACCAACGGCAUCCUCCUGGUGGGCGAGGGCCAGAGUGGGCGGAAGGUGGUCGUACGUCACCACCUCAAGAACCUCGCUACGGACGCCUCUGAGUACGUCAUUCUGCCCGUCACGCCCGCCGCCACCGCGCUCUCCGUCAAGGUGGACCUUAUUCCCUCCCGCCUCUCCGCGCCCAGUCUGUGGUGCUGA